AUGGGUCGCUCAAGACGCGGUCGGGGUAGCGCUGCAUCCAAUGGCCUAGACCAACUGCGUGCCUCGUUCCCGUAUCCGGUGCAUGAUGAUACGCCAGGCCCGCCCUUCCCCAGCACAGGCGAUCAACAUGCACAUGCAGAUACUCCGCUACUAUCUGUAGGCCCUUCUGAAACUGGCAUGCUUGGCACAUAUGCGUCCGUCUCUCUUUGGAUGUCUCGGAUAGCGAGAGGCCGCGGCGCCAUUGUCUGCACGGACGGCAUCUUGUCGGAUCUCAGUGAGAUGCGCGGAAGUGUGUCGACGCCAUCUUUCCGAUGUGUCUUGGACAGUGCUGAACACAUAUCCAUUCCCCUCACGUUCCAUGGUCCCCAUGCUGCUGCGUUGCAUCAGAUCCUUCGAAAUCAUGCACCGGGCGUCCGCGUCUUUGUAUCUGGCUAUGGAGCAGAGGUUGUGCGUGCGACACAGUCGCCGCCGCGGGCUGGUCUCAUUUUUGCUGAGCGAAUGGCUCUCAAAGCUUUGUUGGAGAGACAUGACGGCAACACACUGACGCUGUGGUUCGAGGGCGAUCGCGGGCGCCCAGCCACUUUGGUAAUGCAGCCUGUAAGCAUGACCAAUUCCGUUGCACAUGGCAUGCGAGAUGCGCCCAUCGAAGACGUUGCAAGAGACAACAGGAGUCGCGUCCGCUCAGACAUACCGCCAUCAUCUCUUUCACACGAAAUCGCCUCAAGUGUCAACGACCGGGCGUCGCCAUUGUCAUCCGAUCCCGCUCCAGUCCUUGUGCAGACCAAAGUAAUGGAUCUUGCCCGUCCAGGAACAUUGGACGGUGUUGUCUACACGCCGUUAUCAGACGUCCAAAUCGGGACAACCGCCAAUGUGAUAGGUGUGGUCAUCGAUAAGCCAAUCGUGCACCAGCCAAAGGGACGCGUAGAUGGGACUAUGUCCGAUGCUAUGCUACGUGUGGCGAUGCAGCCACCCAAGUCCUGGGAUACCGGCACAACACUUUUGGCCGCCAAUCUGUUCGCCCGCACUGUGGACCAGCUGCCGACCCAUCUCUUGCGGGGUGACGCUUUUCUGCUUCGAAAUCUGCAAAUCCAAAUGUAUCACGGCAAGGCACACGGUGUCGGCCCGGCUUUCGUGCCCUAUUCAUGGGCAAGUUGCCGCUCGCCCCAAGAGUGGAACCUGUCGCCGGGUGCACACCUUGGCGUCGAGGAACGCACAGCGCUGGCACAGAUCGUGCACCACGCGACGCCGACAAGCACCAAAAGCUCACACCCCUUAGUGUCGCUCGAUGCGCUCCAGUCCAAUUCGUACGUCGACAUGGUGGUCGAAAUCGUCCGUGUGAGUAUCAAAGGCAGGGUCCCUGACUUGUACGUGACUGAUUACUUGCCCAACCGGCAAUUUUAUGGCCACGACACUUUGCUCGCGCAUCACCACAAGCUGCCGAAGGCUACGUAUGGACAUCUGGUUUUCCAGAUCGGGCUUUGGGGUGAAAAAGCGUCCUCGCUAUCAUUUCGUUUGCGACCCGGCCAAUUGGUUCGCAUCAACAACGUCCGCGUCAAAACCAAUUCCUUGGGUACGCUCCAUGGGUCGCUGGGAAACUCUUUGGAUGACAAGGCCCAUGUCGAAGAGUUGGACCAUCGUGAUCCUCUUGCUCAAUGUAUUUUACAGCGACGCUCUGCUUGGCUGCAGCAACAGCAGCCACGUAACCACACCUACUACCCUCAAGAGAUCGUGUCGGCGGAUGCCAAACCUUGGACAUCAUCGCCCGCUGCAUCAUCGUCUUCAUCAUCACCUGCUCCUGUUUCCAAAAAGAAGCGUUUGUCGUCUGUCUCAUCGUCCCCCACAUCAAGCUUACCACCUGCGUCUUUGUUGCCAGCUUCACCGCCUGAGCCCGUGAGUGCGCCUCGCUUUGACCUGGAUUCCGACGAUAGUGAGUCGUGCCUUAGCCUAUAA